UUAUCGGGAAUUGAAUUGAUGUAAUAGAAGGCGGCAGCAGCAGUAGCAUUUUUUGCAGAAACUUCUCCACUUUCGGUAUCUUGCCCCAAGUGUAUCUGACACUUCAUUCCAAAUUGUUUCUUCAUUGUUUUAAUAAUAUUAUUAAUUAGUUGAAAUAUGAAGGCUGUCUGUGUAUUAGUUGGCGAAAAAGUGAAAGGCACCAUUCACUUUACUCAAAAAGAUAUUACAAGUCCAGUUGUAGUAACUGGAGAAAUAAGUCCUCUUAGUAAAGGUCUCCAUGGAUUUCAUAUUCAUGAAUUUGGUGAUAAUACUAAUGGUUGUAUAAGUGCUGGUGCUCACUUUAAUCCUUUUAGCAAAGAACAUGGAGCUCCUGAAGAUGAAAACAGGCAUAUUGGUGAUUUGGGCAAUGUUGAAGCUGGAGAUGAUGAAGUUGCUAAGGUCAACAUCACUGAUAAGUUGAUUUCUCUUUCUGGACCAUUAUCAAUCAUAGGUCGAUCAGUUGUUGUACAUGCUGAUCCUGAUGAUUUGGGGAAAGGGGGUCAUGAAUUAAGUAAAACUACUGGAAAUGCUGGAGGAAGGUUGGCUUGUGGUGUGAUAGGAGUUUGCAAGUAAAGCAUUUUGAUGUUGUAAUGCCAUUCCUGCUGCAAUUUAAAUAAGACCAAUGUAAACCUGUAUUUGAAAUAAAUUUAACCAAUUGUCAUCAUUCAGUUAAAAGGUUGUGUAAACGUCUACUUAUCAAUAAAUAAUUUCUUUUCAGUA